CCUUCUCGGGCAUUUUCUCGUAGCGAUACAACUCAACAAAACCUUUGGCCCAAAUCCUGUUAGCUUGUAUCUCAUCCUUCGUCGAAUACGACUGUAACCGAGUUCGAUGACUUGGCAGCACUUGCAGCGCCACGACUUUUAUCACCAGUCAGCAGCGACCUAGCUUUGACAUCAGAGGCUACAAUGGCAUCGGAUUCCUUGAUUGGGCGCGAGGCAUGUUGAGGUGGAGAGUCAGCUGAAGCCUGAAGCACAGUAGGUGGAGAGAGCAUCUUGAGUAGUUGAGAGUCGGUCAGUCAUCCUUACGAUGUCUUCUCCAUCCCCAGACCCUUCAUCUCUAUCUUUUUGUCUUCGAUUGUCCCUAUUAGACUUGCAAAAUGUAUCAUUUACGUUACGAUAUACAGAUGUUACGGGAACGCCUCAAGGAUGCCGCUGCACCAGGCAUAUUUACUCUGACGAAGUACUGCCUGAGGUGCAAGAACUUAUGGCUCCCCCAUGGUAAGGAGGCCAGCUGUGACGGAAUUGGCUUCUCAGCCAGCUUAGGGUGCCGUUAUUGCAUCUUUCUGCACAACGCUCUGAAGCACUUCGACUGGAUGGAAGGCUUGCACUGUCAUUUCAAGCUCAGCAGGCGUAAAGGGCGCUAUUAUUUGACGUCCUGGGAUUUCCGUGUUCAGCUUGAGCUGUACACACCAACUGGGCAUCCGCCAGCUUGGCACGGUAUUGCUCAAGACGCCAAUCCCCUUGACGCCGUUCUGAGCGGCUCGCCUCGGACAUCUGAAGCCUACGAGUUUAUUCGUUCCUGUCUACGAGACUGCGACGCCAACCACCCGGAAUGCAAGAUAGCAGGUCAAGGACUACCCACUCGGCUGUUAGACAUACAGGAUGAAGGCGCUCAGCAAGUGAAACUGGUCGAGACGGAGUCGCUUCCUGUGGGGCACAACACGACCUACAUAGCCCUUAGCUACUGCUGGGGUGGACGGCAGAGUUUGACGCUGAAGUCUGAGAACCUGGAGGUCAUGAAGUUGGGUCUUAUGGUCUCCAGUCUGCCGCAGACGUUACAAGAUGCCAUCGCCGUCACCCGAGCGCUAGGCCAACAGUACCUAUGGGUAGACGCUUUGUGCAUUAUCCAAAAUUCUCCAAGCGAUUGGGAAGUGGAAUCGUCAAAGAUGGCCUCGGUAUACCGUGAUGCCUAUCUAACUAUUGCUGCUGCUACUGCCUCCGACGUUACUCAGGGGUUUUUAUCCCGCAAUUACCGGGAAACAAAUUUUUGGUACAAGGAGCCAUACCAAGAGGAAUGGAUCAAUCAGGAAGCUUGCUCGACCAUUUUAGGCGCCCGACGGAUACACGAAGGUUUUGGGCAUGCCGAUGAACAUCGGGUUCCUGUGCUGCCCUGGAAACGUCGCGGGUGGACGUUGCAGGAACAGUUUCUCUCGACAAGAUUGCUCAAAUAUCACGCUUACGAGCUUCGCUGGGUUUGCCAAAAUAAAUCGGCGUGCCAAUGUCGUUCCGACUUGAGUUGCACGUUACUGGCUAAAGACCCGAUGGACUCGCCCACGUACAGAUUAGAAUCUGCCCAGCUGGCACAUAAGCAUUGGCACCGUAUUGUUAAUGACUAUACUGCCCGCGAGCUUACCGAUGCCCGUGACAAGCUACCCGCAAUUUCUGGUCUCGCGCAAGUCUUUCAGCAAGUCAUACAGUCUCCAUAUAUCGCAGGCAUUUGGGAAGACCGACUGUCUUUGGGGCUCUUAUGGGGGGUUUUUGACGCAAGAUAUGCUCCCGAGCUUUACAUAGCGCCUACUUUCUCUUGGGCGUCCAUAUCCUCGCCGGUUGGAACGAUGUUUGAGCCUGGGGACUUAGACGUACGUGAUAGAUGGGUCUCUCACAUUGUGGUCGAAGAUACUUGCUCCAUUGCCGAUGGCAAAGAUCCACUGGGUCGGGUGAAAGAUGGCUGGAUCAAACUCCGCGGUUAUCUUUUCAGAGCGACUUUAGUCGACGACCCGAGUCAACCUAUCACCCACAGGUACACAGUCUUGACCAAAUAUCUUGGAAGAAAAAUUUUAGUUCAUGACACCUGGCUAGAAGAAUUUCAAGCCACAAACGAACAUGGCAACUUGGAGAGAUCUGUUCGUCGAAAGCGCCAACCCUCGGUCAUACCUCCACAAGACAAUGAGCCCUCCCCAUCCAAGAUCAAGGACGGCGCUGUUGUAUAUUUGCUCUUGAUUGGAUGUCUGAUUUCCCCUCGACGUUCAGAGGCAGGUUUUAACUUCCUGGGAUUAGGUUUGUCAAGCGAUAAACCCGGGAUGUAUGAGAGACUGGGCCUUGUCAAAUAUCACCUUGAUACCGGAUCCCGGAGGAAGAUGGAAAAAUUCAAGUCAGGUCUCAUCGCUGCAGCAGACGACCACAAGGUUAUUACCAUUGUUUGACAUUGGGGAUAUCAACGAUGUUUUCCACUGGGUUACACAUGUACGUAGAUGAUUUUGUCAGGUUCUGGAUUGGGGUUUCUGUUGGCUUGGAAACCGAAAGACAUGUUGCGCGUUCCUUCUUCCCUCAUAAUGUCUGCUGUCAUGAUUUGUUCACGUCUUAUACUGUCGUAUGAGUUAUACUUCUACAUUAUUUUUGAUUAUGAAGAUAUACCAUUCAUUCUCACAGAAGGGGACUGCAAGUACACACUACCCGAGGGAGCUAAGGAUGAGCAGCGAAGACACCUUGACCACACCUCGAAGUGCUGGGAGACAAAGGCAACAUAGCACGCCUCACAUUGACAUCCACUUCCAAAAUGACCGAGACGGCCUACGAUAAGGUAGCCGAGUGAGCAAUCGUGAAGGUCACUAGGUAGAAUUUCACAGCAAUCGCCCAGCGGAAUUAGUCAUACAUUGACAGAG